AUGGAAAGCGUACGGAAAUACCCCGAGGACAAGCCCGUCGGGCCCGAAGAGACACAAGAUGUGAGCAGCGGUGAGAUGAUUAGCGACAACCAUGGAUUGAAGCGACACUUGAGCAACCGUAAGAUCCAAAUGAUUGCCAUUGGUGGUUCAAUUGGAACUGCCAUGUUCGUCAGUAUCGGUGGCGCAUUGAAUACAGGAGGCCCAGCCGGCUUACUGUUGGCUUAUGGUUUGUAUUCAUGCGUGAUAGCUCUCGUCAACAAUUCCAUGGCCGAGAUGGCCAUUUAUAUGCCUGUCAACGCCUCUUUCAUCCGUCAUGCUUCAGUCUGGGUCGACGAUGCCUGGGGUUUCAUGGCCGGCUGGAACUUUUUCCUCUAUGAGGCCAUUUUGAUUCCAUUCGAGAUCAGUGCUUUGAACUUGGUCAUCAGGUUCUGGAGUGACUCUGUGCCUGUUGGAGCCAUUUGCGCUGCUUGUAUUGUGACUUAUGGAUGGUAUGGAGAAGCCGAGUUUUGGCUAUCAUGGGGCAAGAUUCUUCUUAUGGGGAUAGUCUUUUCUUUUACCUUUAUUACCAUGGUGGGAGGCAACCCCAAGCACGACGCAUACGGCUUCCGGUACUGGAACAAUCCUGGGCCAUUUGCUGAAUAUCUGUCAGGAGGCGCCAUGGGUCGAUGGAAAGGGUUUCUUUCCGCUCUAUGGGCUGCUAGUUUCGCCAUUGUCGGCCCAGAGUAUAUGGCUAUGGUAGCUGGAGAGGCUAAACUCCCACGAAUUACGGUAAAACGGGCCUUCAAGGCCGUGUACAUCCGCUUCGGUGUUUUCUUCAUUGGAGGCGCCCUUUGUGUCGGGAUCGUGCUUCCUUACAAUGACCAGACCCUCAUUGCCAACCAAGGCAGCGGAACCGGUGCAGCUUCACCAUAUGUCAUUGCCAUGCAGAAUCUCGGUGUUAACGGUUUGCCACACUUGGUUAAUGCAUUGCUGGUCACGUCCAUCUAUUCUGCUGGUGACGCCUAUGUAUAUUGCGCCUCCCGAACCCUUCACGGAUUAGCUUCUGACGGCCAUGCUCCUGCCUUCUUGAAGAAAUGCACCAAGAAAGGUGUACCAAUCUACUGCCUAAUGAUCACUAUGCUGUUCCCAUUCUUGUCUUUGCUUCAACUAUCCAACGGUGCUUAUGUGGUCCUCAGCUGGCUCGUAAACAUCGUUACAGCCGGCGGUAUUAUUGAUUACAUUAUCAUCUGCGUCAACUAUAUUUUCUUCUGGCGAGCCUGUAAAGCACAAGGAGUGAACCGUCGCGAGUUUUCAUACUAUGCCUACUUCCAACCUUGGAGCACCGUUUUUGCCCUCUGCUUUGAAAUCUGCGUCGUCGUUUGCUAUGGCUACGUCAACUUUAUGCCCGGUAGCUUCGACAUCAGUUCUUUCUUCACCCACUACGCCAUGGUAUUUGCAGCUAUCAUUCUAUUCUUCUUCUGGAAGAUUUACAAACGCACCAAAUUCGUUAAGCCUCACGAAGCGGACUUAGUUUGGGACCGUCCGGCUAUUGAGCGGUAUGAAUUGACGACUCUGGAUCAGGAUACUGGUUUCUGGAGGGAACUGAUUGAGAUAAUCGGUUUGAAAAAGAAGAUGUCAGAGGGAGAGGCAGUAUCGUUUUAG